ACACAGAGAGGGACACAGAGAGUGACACAGAGAGUGACACAGAGAGGGACAUGUGUUUUCCUGUACGGCCAUGCGGAACUUACUUCCUCGUCGCUCUGUCCCACAGCUUUUCUCUGUAUAGGCUGGUGUGUACACUAUCAGUUUCAAUGUAGUGUCUAUAUGUCUUUACACGAGGGAGUAGGUGAGAUUACAUUAUCAGCUGUUAGUGAGGACAGUAUGUAGCCAUGGAGACUAUUCCCUGAUUCCAUCCAGGACGAUGAUUGACACAACACGGACUGAUAUUCUGCUCGGUAAUUAACAAUGGACACAUUCCAAGUUUUCUCCGUGGCUGUGAUUUUACUUCAGAUAUAUCAGUGUGUGGUUUCACAAGUGAAUGCAACAACAGCCGUCACCACGCCCUCGGCAACGUCGACACAGACGUCAGCAUCAGUCCAGACAUCCAUCGGGCAGCUCGUGAUUCUACCAUCGUCUGUGGCCACAUCUGCAGUCGAUACAACACUCACUCGAGUUACUGAAACAACAACUUCAACCACGAAGACAUCGUCAACAGGAACAUCAUUACUAAAAACAGAAACGUCCUCUCUGCCAUCAAGAACAUCUUCUGACACAUAUACACCCACACGUGGUGAUUCACCGACGACAGCAGCAGCAACAACGGUCAUGACAGCUUCAAGUACAACAAGCACUAUAACACAGGUCACAUCUGCAUCAACAGCUACCAUAUUAUCCCCAGCUACUGCAUCUAGAUCUUCUUAUACAUCAACAACUACACCUACACCUACACCUACACCUACACCUACACAUACACAUACACUUACACCUACACCUACACCUACACCUACAUCUAUAUCUACCUCAACACCUACACCUACACCUACACCUACACCUACACCUAUAUCUACCUCAACACCUAUAUCUACAUCAACACUUACACCUUCAUCUACAUCUACAUCCACAUCCACAUCUACAUCCACAUCCACAUCCACAUCCACAUCCACAUCCACAACCACGUCCACAUCCACAUCCACAUCUACAUCAUCAUCGACACCUACACCUACAUCUACACCAACAUCUGCAUCCAUAAUUACAUCUACUCCUACAUCUACACCAACAUCUACAUCCAUAACUACAUCUACACCUACACCUACACCUACAUCUACACCAACAUCUACAUCCACAACUACAUAUACACCUACACCUGCACCAACAUCAACAUCCACAAUCACAUCGACAUCGACAUCAACACCUAUAUCUGCAUCUACAUUUUACACGACAACUACCUCUACGUUUACACCUGCAUCCCAAUAUCCAUCCACAUCUACAUAUGCAGCAACAGCUAUCUUUUCAUCCCUUUCUACAUCAACACCAACAUCUACAUCUUCUGCGCUGUCUACGCCUACAUCUACACCUACAUUCGGUCCUACAUUUACAGUUGCGUCAACGACCUCUACGCACAAUGAAGAUAUGUCCAGGCUUAUUAUACCGGCUGUAUCAAGUGCAGUGGGCGGGGUUGUCAUCCUGGUUGUGGUCGUUGUGUCCGUGAUUUGCUACAGAAGGAGAUCAAAGGAGAUGUUCCCUGCCGACGCAGAUGAUAUCAGCUACCACAACUUCCGUGUCGGUCGUAUGGAGCUACAUUCGUUCAGGAAGGAUGAAGCCGAUUUGGACCUUGAUUCCACUUUUAUGAACGAGGACGUUGAUACCAAACUCAAACUAUCUACAUUUGGUCGGGGUUGAAUAGGUUUUACUGAAACAGUGUCAAACAUGAUACAGACGGUUUGAUGAUUUCAUUGACGUUGUUAGUGGAAGGGUGAGUGGGGUGUCGCAUGCAGCCAGGUAACUGUCUAUUAGGGGGUUGCCAAAACGAAUACAUGUAAAACACUGUCACUCUUAAUACGACACGGAUGUGUACAGAUCCAAUACAGGUUCCUCAAGAACAUCAGUGAUCACUGCUACUUGCACGCACAUUCUACAAUAUUCAUCCACAGAGUUCCCAUGUUACUGCGGCGUCCUACAAUAUUCCUCAACCCAGUCUCCAUGUUACUGCGGCGUCCUACAAUAUUCCUCAACCCAGUCUCCAUGUUACUGCGGCGUUCUACAAUAUUCCUCAACCCAGUCUCCAUGUUGCCGGUGUGCUGUGCGUGACGGGAGGACGUGUACAGAAGGGUGAUUUACAAAAGUCUCAUUGUCAGGUGGUUUACUUCCUUGUUGCAUUCAUUCACUGUGGACUAAGUAGGAGCUAACAACAGGAGUAUGGAGGCCUUUGUGAAAGACCCAUUGACAUAUUUCACAUAUGGCGUUGUGUGUUUAUCAGAGAACAGAAUGUGAACAUUAUACUGAAUUGAACUUUAACCCUUCGUAGAUUGUUUAUAUUCAGCCUUGCAUACACUGGUAACUUAUUCAUGACACUGGCGUCUCAAACUUUGAUAAAUCAUCACCAUACGCCUAGGCUCUGAUCACAAAUGUCCCACUGCUUAAAGUGGUUUUGUAAAAAUGCAUUAAAUGCGCGAACUAUAGUACGUAAAAAUGAUGUCUUGUACCGCGAACUCUAGUUUAUAUAAAUAAUGUCUUGUACUACGAACUAUCGUUUAAAUAAAUAAUGUCUUGUUCAACGAUCUAUAGAAUACAAAAAUAAUGUCUUGAACCGCGAACUAUAGAAUACACAAAUAAUGUCUUGAACCACGAACUAUAGAAUACA